AUGUCUUCAGAGGAAGAAAGCCCUAAAAAGAAGAGGCCCAGGCGGUCAGCAAGGAACCCAUACGAUGAUGACAUGUGGGAAAAUGAAUUAAACCUCUCGACGACAUCAGUAUGAAUGUUAAUUACAUAAUUUUCCGUUGUCUACAGCACUCGCAAUCAGAAAACUCCGAGUCCAGCUCUACAUUGCCAUUGGUGGCCUCCCCUAAAUCCAAAGGUAAUAACCUUUCAUUCUAUUAUGCCUUUCGUAGGGCAUAAGAUGAGUAGAACCGAAAGCAAAAGCAGACACAUGUCCUCCCGAGAAAUGUGGCGGAAAUUUAGAGGCGUGCUACGGUGGCUGAUAAAUAAUAGUAAAGAGAAUACUAAGCGACUAGUGCGCGUUGAGUUGAAGUUGGAUGCUCAGGCCGAAGGACGUGCCAGUGCAGCCAUUUCCUUAUCCACUUCAACGUCUGCGGCUGCACCUUUUAGACGAAUGGCUUGCUUGAGUGAUUUAGAAACAUUUACAAAUAAACUGACGGACACCGAAUUUCGGCAGCAGAUGGUAAGUGUCUUAUGACCUACUUAUUUCUCGGAUAGGUCAGCCACUUAGGUAGUUUUGGAGGCCGGACAUUAAGCGCAUUCGUCGACCGCGUGUUCAGUGCCCUAUUUCAAGAUGAAAUAACACAUUAUUUGACUUUUUACGGUCGACAACAGGGGAAGAGUGCGUUCUUCGGCUCCCCAACCUACUCACUCGUCCUAGGUAUUAAAACAUAAUUUUCCCAUUUACCAACCCUCUACAUAGAGGUGUUCAAUAGGUGGAAUUCAGAUCACCCGUCAGAUCGGCAUGAGUUGGAGAAAUGCUUCCGUUUAAUGUUCAGAAGGGCCUACGACCGGCUACAAAAGCGGACUACUAAGCUAUCUUCGUCACGCCCACUGGACGGUUAGUUACCAUUUCAUAAACAUACGUCAUGCAUCUAUUAUUUACUAUGACACACAUUAACUUGAGUGCACUUUUUAGACACUGCCGAGGAUGACGAAGAUACUCCUCGUCCGGGACCGUCAGGCUCUUCGUCACAGCCUUAGAGCGAUCUGUUAUGACCGUUUGAUGAAAGACAUUGAUACUUUUUUACGUAAUAUCUAUUUUGUACUAGAUUUCUAACACUUUUAACUACAUAUCUAUUUUGUACAUACUAUUUUUCUACAAAAAAUUGUAAUAACCAACAAACUUAUUUCCCGUCUUCAUUCAAACUAUUUACGAGAUAUUAGAUUAGCAUUAUGGGCAUGAAAAUAGGGGAAACAGCUAAGCAGUGGGACUUUUGAGAAAUUAAAGGGGGGUUCUGCACGAUUACAACGCGAGAUUAGAAAUUUUCGGCGCAGAUUCUGUGCCGAGCCUAUGCGCCGAUUCUGUGCCGAUCAUCUGCGCCGAUUCUGUGCCGAGCCUCUGUGCCGAUUCUGAGGCGAUUUGAGUGACAAACUAGGCGCAGAUUCGGCGUAGAUUAUUCUAAACCUCGGCUUAGAUUCGGCGCAGAUUCUGAGCAGAAAUGUUAUCAGGGAUCGGUGGGUUCACGUGAUGGACGUAGUAGUCGCUCACUUGCUUGCAGGUGAGACUACGCCUAGCGUCCAUUUGCUGGCACCCAACUCUCACCUGUGGCUCCACGUAGCUGGGCUCUGCUCAGCGGCCACACCCCGGGCAACCGUCUCGACCGGCGGGCUAAACCAGGUGAGGGCACUGUGCACUUGUGCCGAGUGCACACCGUACCGCGGACUCCCAUGGACGGAUGGUCUGAUGAAACACUGCGCCGGCAUCGUCGAGACGAGGCUCUGCCUGGUACGCCGUUGGAUAACUGCUGCCGGGACGGGUCUCUGCAUCGCCUUCGCUGAGACGCGCCCGCCCUCGCCGACGGAGACCGCGGACUCACGGCACAUGCGGUCAUUCUCCACUACGAACAUAAAAGUCGUGGCCCCAUAG